AUGGUCUCCUCCUCGCAGGUGGAGCCCUUGCUGCCCCACUUGGCCCACACCGGGGGAGGGCCCGGUGGUCGGCCAAGCGCGCCACUAGCGAAUCUCCUGAUUCUCUUCUUGGCCAGGGGCGGCCACGCGUUUCCCUGGCUUUGGCGCAGAGGUGUAGCUGGUGCGUUCCUCGAGGCCGAUGCACGACCCAAGACUGACGAUGCCGAGGAUCUGGGUAUGCACCGCCUGGUGCCUGCUGGUGCACUUCUGCCGCUGGCGGAUGCCUUCACGAGACACCUGAAGUUGCUGGAGACGCUGGCCGGCGAGGAGUCUACGAAGUUCCUGGGCAGCGCCGCCGACGCCACGCUGCCCCACGCCGGGGAGACGCGUGCCUUGCUGGCCUUGUUGGAAGACCAUGGCGUGGAGCAGGGGGCGGGAGGCACGGGCCUGCUGUCUUUGCUGCCGGCAAGCACAGCACCAGAAUUGUGGAGAUACGAGCCGCCGGAGCUGCGACGGUUAGCCAUCCGCUCGCAGCCAAGCUUCGACGCGCAGCGAACAGGUGCGGAGCUGCAGCCGGGUGAGGUCUUUGAAGCUUCCGCCCUCGAGGACGGAGGCCCUCUGACGUUCCUGCAGCUUGCAGAUGGACGAGGCUUUGUUUUCGCAGCGCUGCCGGACGAGGGCCCUCUCUGCCUCCGCUAUGCAGGGCCCACGAGCUGGAUCUUCGAGCCACCGGCGCACCGGCCGCUCGACUUGCGUGCCGAGCCAGCCAUUCAUGCGGAGCGCACGGGGGAGAGGCUUCUUCCAGGCAGCGUGUUCCGCUGUUGUGGAGAGCGGCUCCAUGGUGGCACCCUUUUCUUGGAGCUCGACGAUGGCAGGGGUUGGGCAUUCAGCAAGGCUCCAAACGGCGAAGAUUUGUGCCGCCGUCAUCCUGGUGCAGACAUUCUUACCUGGAAACCCUGCCGCGGCUGGCAAGCCGAGGAUUCGACCAUUUCGAACGAGAUGUUGGAAGCGCCUUUCGCAGACCAUACGGAUGCAUUGGCCCGUACUCCCGUGCAGGACCUGUUUUUGGGACAGAAGCUGAAGGGUAUGGUGCGAGCUUUCAACGAUGAAGGCGAUUUGGUUGCCAUCGACGUCGGCGCAGAGGUCGACGGUUUCGCUCACAUCUCCGUUCUGCAUGAGGACUUUGUGGACGACCCACGCGAGCUGUUCGAGGUCGGUGAUGAGGUCGAUGCUAUUGUGGCUGGCAUCGAGUUCUCCGGUGAAGCCGUGCCGUUGCGGCAAAUCACGCCGCUGCUAUCAAAGGACACGGCGUCACGGCUUAACCUGUCCCUGGCGCUUUCCAGAACCAGACUUCGACCCAACCCACCACCCGGCAACGUCGCUGAUGAUGUCAAGGUGGGCGUCUCCUACGACGGUAUCGUCAGCUACGUGCGUCAAGAAGGCUUUCACGUCAUCCUGGGCGAUGCCCGUGGCGGACGUGGUCACGAAGGUUUUCUGCAUAUCUCCAAGCUGCCCACAUUCGUGAAAUCGGCCUACGAGGUCGCCAAAGUCUGCGACAAGGUUCGGACAAGGGUGUUGGGCAUUCACGAAGGAGAUCGCCUUGAGCUUGCUUGGGAGAAGAAGCCGACUCACCGAAACCUGGAGAGGGGCCAGUGGAUCACGGGGAAAGUCUACAACAUCCAGAAGUUUGGGAUUUUCGUCGAGGUUGCAACAAAAGAUGGCCCGUGCCAAGGCAUGGUGCACAUCUCGGAAAUCAAAGAGGGCCAUGUGAGCGACAUUCACGCUGAGGCCGAGAUAGGGGAGGAGGCGCCUGGCCAAGAUGCAAGCAUCUGUAUUUUUGUUUAA